GGUGAAUUUACAGACAAGGCUAUUUUGAUCAUGGAAGUUGAACAUUCUGAAGCGGCGAUUGAUGAGGGGCUUUACUCUAGACAGCUCUAUGUUCUUGGUCAUGAUGCUAUGAAAAAAAUGGGAAGUUCUAACGUUCUUAUCGUAGGCUUAAAGGGUCUUGGUGUUGAGAUUGCAAAAAAUGUCGUAUUAGCCGGCGUUAAAAGUGUCACUCUUUACGAUCCCGAGCCAGUCAAGAUUUCCGAUUUGUCAUCGCAAUUUUUCCUUCAUGAGGAUGACAUAGGAAAGCCCAGAGCUACAGUGUCUAGACCACGGUUGGCCGAACUCAAUCAAUACGUACCUGUAUCUAUAUUGGAAGGAGAAUUAACGAAUGAUAAAAUAAGGGAUUUUCAGGUUGUUGUGUUGACAGAAACACCGCUAAAGAAGCAAUUGGAAAUUAACGAUUUUACUCAUGCUAAUGGAAUACAUUUUAUUUCAACUGAUAUUCGCGGUCUUUUCGGCAUGGCUUUUACCGAUUUUGGACCACGAUUCAUUGUCACUGACACCACGGGUGAGAAUCCAUUAACAGGAAUGGUCGCUGCAAUCUCAAAAGACAUCGACGGAAUUGUAACGUGUCUUGAUGAAUCGCGACAUGGCCUGGAAGAUGGUGAAUAUGUGACUUUUACUGAAAUUAAGGGUAUGGAAGAAUUAAACGAUUGUGAACCAAGAAAAAUUAAAGUACUGGGUCCUUACACUUUUAGUAUUGGUGAUACUUCAAACUUUGGUGACUAUAUUAGUGGUGGUCUUUUCACACAAGUCAAGCAGCCAAAAACAAUUAGCUUUAAAUCUCUUCGAGAAGCUUUGCAAAAACCAGAAUAUCUUGUUUCCGAUUUUGGUAAAUGGGAUCGACCUGGACAAUUACACUUGGGUUUCCAAGCGUUGCAUGCAUUUACCGAAAAGAAUGGUUCACUUCCUCGUCCACAUAACGAACAUGAUGCAGAAGAAGUUCUUAAGUUGGCCAAAGAACUUAAUGAGCAGUGCGAGGAAAAGGUUGAACUAAGUGAUAAGCUUAUAAAACAACUUGCAUAUGAAGCAGUUGGUGAUUUAUCGCCAAUGGCUGCAGUAUUCGGAGGUUUGGUAGCCCAGGAAGUACUCAAAGCAUGUAGUGGAAAAUUCAACCCAGUCUAUCAAUUCUUCUAUUUCGAUUCACUAGAAUCACUUCCUGAAGAUAAUGAGAAAU